AGGGGGCUGCCUGUGGCAACCCCCCCAGCCCCGAUUACUCUAGUGGGAGGUGCCAGGCUGGCAGAGGAACCACCCACCCCCUGGAAUAUUAAGCCGUCCCCAGGGCAGAAUGCCCCACACAGCCGGCCAGGACAGAGGGUGGCAUGAGAGACGCUCCUGAGUCGCCAGCGUGACCGGUGGCACCGUCCAUGAUCCCCGGGGCGAUGAGCAACGUGCUGCAGCGGUGCCUUCCCUUGGGCUCCCCUCACCCCCCUGAGGGGCAGGGCCAGGGAGCCCCGGACUCCCCCGCCGACCCAGAGGGCGCAGGUUGGCAGGACUUGGCCAACGCCCGGGCGGGCUCGCUGCUGUCCCUGCUCUAUCUCGUGCUACUCACCUUCCUGGGCAGCGCCGUCCUGCUGGCCGAGAUUCACCAGCGCAGCCCCCAGAGCCGCAACGUCCACGGCUUCCUGGCCACGCUCAUGCUCACGUCCUGCGCGUGGAUGCUGUGGUUCGGCUGGCGCUCCUCCCAGAACAAGCGCCGGAAGCUGCACCAGGACCACCACGCCGGGGCCAGCUGGCUGAAAGGCGGGCUCUCGCUCUUCGCCCUGGCCACGCUGGUGCUGGACUGCCUGUCCCUGGGGUAUUACUACGAGCUGCAGCACUGCACCUCCGUCCUCAUCACCGCCUUCCCUGUCGUGCAAGCCGUCUUCACCAUCAUCCAGGUGUCUCUGCUGUCCUUCCACGCCAAGGUCUGCAUCCAGGAGCAGCAGCAUCUCAACAGGUUUGGCCUGAUGCACACGCUGGCCACCAACGUGCUGAUGUGGAUGAGCGUGGUGCUGGACGAGUCCAUGAAGCAGCUGCAGGAGAUCUACGACGCCCACGAGACGGAGAGCCCCUGGCCCGUGCAUGGGAGUUCGCCCACCAACAGCUGCUCGUGCGCCACCAGCCUGUGCCACAUCUUCUCCGAGGGCGCCGCCUACCUGCACCCCUUCAACAUCGAGUUCAGCCUUUUCUCCUCCACCAUGCUCUACGUGGUGUGGAAGAACACGGGGCAGGCGGCCUGCCGCCGGCAGCCCCGCCCGCACCCCCGGGGCCGCUUCCACCUCAGCGGGGCCUUCGUGGGGCUGGUGCUGGGGGCGCUGGCCAUCUCGGCCACCUUCGGGGUGAUGAUCUCCUUCGGGGUGCUGGCCAAGGCCCCCGAGACAGUCCCCGAGGCCCUGCGGACCUACUACAUCUUCAACUCGGUGCUGCUCUCCGCCAUGUUCCUGGCCUCGCUGGUCGGCAUCGCUGCCUACCGGCUCCAGAGAGACCCGGCCUCCACCGACUGCUCCAAGAGCGUGGUGCGGAGCCUGGACGUCACCCUCUUGCUGGGCAGCUCCUGCGGGCCCCUGAUGGUCUCCGUCUUCUCCCUGGUGGCCAUCUUCUUCCUGCACAUCAACGGCAGCCUCCACCUCCUGGACCUCUGCUUCUCCCUCUGCAAGACCAUCCAAGUGCUGGGCCAGAACCUCUUCAUCACCGAAGCCCUUUACUCCAGGCCCGCCCACCGGCCAGACGCCCCCGACAGCCCCCCGGGCAACGAAUGGGUCUUCUCCAUCUCCGGAGGCCCUGCCGAAGAGCCGGUCCAGCAGGACGUGGCUGCCCGCCGUGAGAGUAACUGCGCCAUCUGCCCGGCCAGCCGCCACACGCCAGCCAGGAUGGUGGCCCAGCUGGAGGAGCAGGUGCCGGGGUGCUGGCUGGCCUGCAGCGGCAGCAAUGACUCCCUUGCCAAGAUCUCCGCCGGGGGCCGGCAGUCUCGGCCCAGCGGGGAGCCGGAACGCAUCAGCAUCCGGAGGAAGAUCCUGCAGAACAUCUCCAUCCUCCUCAUCUUCUACAACAUCUCGGUGUGGAUUCUCUAUGCCUACGGGACGCGCCCGCACCUGGUGAGCCAGAUCGAGCAGGCCUUCUACGGCUUCACCCUCUGGGUCAUCAUCGUCAAGAUCUCCCUGCCGCUGGGCAUCUUCUACCGCAUGCACUCGGUGGCCAGCCUCUUCGAGGUGUACUGCAAAACCUGUUGAGCACCAGCCGGGGGUGGACCCAGCUCUGCUGGGCAGAGGCAGCGCUGGCGGGGGCUGCCCGGGGCAGGCGGCGGGGAGAGGGGCAGGCGGGGACGCCCGCUGCACGGAGA